AAAUGCAAAUUAUUACUCACAGCAUUUUCUACAGACUCCAUCGCCGCCAAGCGCCACCCAACUGCCGCUGUCGUCCACCGCCUAUAUGGAGUUAGGGGCCGGAGUCAGGUGCUUCAAUACCAAAACCACUAACUCUUACUUGAGCCAUCAAAACCACAUCACACCUGGAAAUCUUACCUCGUACGCUUUCUUCCGCACUCAGCACUGAUUCCAUUUCCAAGGUAAUGUAAUUUGCUCAAUUUCCACACUAUAGUAUCUUAUUUAUUUUUAAUUUCUGCAAAAUAUGAUAGCUAACAUACAAAUGACCAGUUUCAGACAAGAGUGAACAUGAGUUGGCAUAUGACUACUUUUGUAAGAUAUUAUCUAUAUAAUUGAAGGGCAUGUUUCAGAUAUGCUGUUAAUCGGCAUUUGGAAAGAAAUAUGUGGUGUAGAUGCUUAGAGUGACUGGAAUUUUAUGCUGAGACUAUAUGAGAUAUAAUGAUAGAGGAAAAGAGACAUUCAACGGAAGUUUUCAUGCUUCGAUAGUUUGUAAACUUGAUGUCUAGAGAUAAUUAUAUGUUGAUCUCGAGCUCUCGAGUUUGUCAGCUUUGUGCCCACUGGAUGGCUGUUAUUGGCCCAAAGUGAAGGACUUGGCUCCUUUUAUGAGUGGAUUUGGACUUAUAAAGUAUCGAGUUAUAGUUGAGGUGCUUGAAUUUUUCCAUUUUGCUUGCACAUCGGAGGACAUUAACAAUCUGGCACAUGCGUUGAUGCUGAAAGAUGCUCUCAAUAAAGUCAUACUACUUUCUAUGGAUAAAUUGAUCAGAGCUUUGUGUGACAUUGCUACUUCAACUGCUUCUGUGUCCAGGCUAUCUAGAACUCAUGGACAGCCAGCUUCACCCACCACAUUAGGAAAGGAAAUGGCAGGCUUUGAAUAUAGGCUCAGUAGAGAACGUGAGAUACUGUCGCAAAUUGAAAUUUUCGGGAAGUUUGCUGGGGCUGUUGGAAACUACAAUGCUCAUCUAGUUGCAUAUCCUGAAGUAAAUUGGCCACAAGUUGCAGAGGAGUAUUUGACAUCUCUUGGAAUAAGUUUUAAUCCUUAUGUAACUCAGAUUGAAUCUCAUGACUAUAUGGCUAGAGUUUUCAACUCUAUUAUCCUGUUCAACAACAUUUUAGUGGACUUUGACAGAGAUAUAUGGGGAUACAUAUCAUUGGGUUACUUCAAGCAGAUAACUAAGUCUGGGGAGAUUGGAUCCUCGAUGAUGCCGCACAAAGUUAAUCCAAUUGACUUUGAAAAUAGUGAAGGCAAUUGUGGAAUUGCAAAUGGAGGCUUAGCGCAUCUAAGCACAAAGUUACCUACAUCACGCAUCCAGUGAGACUUGGCUGAUUCGACUGUUCUGAGGAAUAUGGGCAUAGGGUUAGGACAUUUCCUUCUU